AUGUGCAAGUUAAUCAAGAUGUCCAGGCUGGAAGCAAGCCAAUUGAAGCCUUUUAUAAGACGUGUCCAGGUCACCCAAGAGCCGUCCUUUAUUGUAGCAAGUGGCAGACAGCUCAACGAUUUAGUACCAUUUUGUACAACACAGUUCCUUCCAGCGUCAGGGCUGUGUAUAGACACAACAUUCAAUAUUGGUAAUUUCUUUGUUACCUCUACCACCUACAAGCACAAAAUCCUGGUUGACAAGCACUACGGAAAGGAACCUACAUUCUUUGGGGCCGACUAUGAUCCACAUGCAGACAAAGGCAGAAAGUUACAAGUUUUUCGGUUCGUAGAUUUGUCUCCCUCGAUGAUGAACGAAGCAACACUGUGGCGAUUGGUUCCGACAGGGACGUUGCACUGA